AUGGCUGGUGCUUUAGAAAAUGCAAGGAAAGAAAUUAAACGUCUUUCAUUAGAUGACCACAAGGAAACUCACUACGGGCAAAUCUUUUCUGUGUCGGGACCUGUCGUGGUCGCUGAAAAUAUGAUAGGAUGUGCGAUGUACGAGUUGGUCAAAGUAGGACAUGACAACUUGGUUGGAGAGGUUAUUAGAAUCAAUGGAGAUAAAGCCACUAUUCAAGUUUAUGAAGAAACUGCUGGUGUCACUGUGGGUGACCCAGUGUUGAGAACAGGAGCUCCAUUGUGUGCUGAGUUGGGUCCUGGUUUGUUAAACACUAUUUACGAUGGUAUUCAAAGACCAUUGAGAUCUAUUAAAGAAAAGACCAACUCGAUUUACAUUCCACGUGGUGUUGAUGUGCCAUCAUUGUCAAGAACAGCUGAAUAUGAUUUCAAACCAGGUCAAUUGAAAGUCGGUGACCACAUUACUGGUGGUGAUAUCUUUGGAUCCAUUUAUGAAAACUCCUUGUUGGAUGACCAUAAGAUUUUGCUUCCACCUAGGGCUAGAGGUACCAUUACCUCUAUUGCUGAACCAGGGUCUUACAAUGUUGAAGAUACUGUUUUGGAAUUGGAAUUUGAUGGAAAAAAGCAUAAAUACUCCAUGAUGCAUACAUGGCCGGUAAGAGUUCCAAGACCAGUUGCUGAAAAAUUGACUGCUGAUUACCCAUUGUUGACUGGUCAAAGAGUUUUAGAUUCGUUGUUCCCAUGUGUUCAAGGUGGUACCACAUGUAUCCCCGGUGCUUUCGGUUGUGGGAAGACUGUUAUUUCUCAAUCUUUGUCAAAGUAUUCCAACUCGGAUGUGAUCAUCUACGUUGGAUGUUUCUCGAAAGGUACUCAAGUUAUGAUGAGCGAUGGUCAAGAUAAAUCAAUUGAAGAUAUCCAAGUUGGUGAACUCGUUAUGGGUAAAGAUGGCUUGCCUAGAUCUGUCGUUGGAUUGCCAAGAGGUUACGAUACCAUGUACGAUGUUAAGCACAUCAGCGGACAUAGAUGUGGCGCCGAAGUUCAUGGUAUGAUGGAUUUCACCGUUUCUUCUGACCACAAGUUAGUAUUGCGUACCAAGCAAAAUGUGCUUGUUACAACUCGCAACUAUGCUGGUAAGACUUAUGCUGCAGUCAACUAUUUUGCGUUGGAGGAUUCGAAAUAUGGUGUGCAGAUGGUCAGAGUAAAAACCAAGGUUUAUGGGUACCACGUGCAUGGUGGGCAAGCCGGUGCUGAAGAGAAAGCACGCCUCUUUGCGGCGGCACUUGAUCUUAGCGAAUACAUUGAGUGGACCAUCGAAGCUAAAGACUAUGCAAAGGUAGACGUGAAUGUUAAAAGUAAUACCACGCAAUUGAUAAACCCAGUUUGGUUGGAAACAGGGGCACUUGGAAAGUGGUUGGAAAAUAGAGGUCUGAACAAAGCCUUGGCCCCGACCUUAGCCUAUUUACUUGGUUUAUGGGUUGGUGAUGGUUAUAUGGAACGCGCUGCAUUCUCUUUUGAUCCAAAGGACACCGGAUUAGUUGAAAGAGUCGAGCGCGACGUUGAUUUGCUUGGGUUAUCUAUGACUUCCAACGAAUACCAUCAUAGAUGCGAUGAUCUUUCAAAUAACGGUGUUUCAAAUGACGACAAUGUCGCCGAAACAGAUUUUGAUGCAACCGACUACGAGAACUUUAUUGGCAAGCAAGUGGCUAUUGCAAGAGCCCAAAAUGCUGACAUCCAUUUAGAAAGUGAUUCUGAUACUGAUCUCUCUGAAAUCUUCGAGGACGAGAUCGAAACAUCAGACUCUGACAUGACUUAUGAAUCAGAUUUUUCUGCAACUUCAUGGGAUAAACGAGGCGAUUUGACCGUUACUCUCCACGGAAAAGGAGUCCGUUUGAACGGAAUUGGAAAGCACAAUAAUUCUAACAACGUCUUCUGGGAUGCCAUUGAGUAUUUUGGAGCGAGACAGAAGACCCAGAAUGGCUUUGAAAAAACCGUCCCCGAUCACUUGGCCUUUGACGACAUUAGUGUUAGAGAAUUCUUCUUAGCUGGUUUGAUUGAUUCUGAUGGUUACGUGAAAGAAAAUUCCGACGGUUCAAAGAAUGCUACGAUCUCAACAAUUUAUAAAUCCGUUUGCUAUGGUGUUCUCAAAGUUGCGCGCUCUUUGGGAAUUAAGGUAUCAAUUAGCACCGAGGAUGCCAAAGUUGAUCUGGCUGGAGCCAAUCAUCAGUUUGUGUACCGAGUUUUCUUGAAUGGUCCAGCUUUUGCUGGAGUUCUCGCAAAAUGUGCUCUUGAGAGAAAGAAGUCAGCGGAAACAGAUUUUGAAAGAGGGCCAGUUUCGUUCCAUUUCGAUUUGGUCCCUUGUGGAAAACAAGACUAUUAUGGUAUCACUUUAGACGAAUCUUCCGAUCAUCAAUUCCUUCUUUCCAAUAUGGCCUUAGUGCACAAUUGCGGUGAAAGAGGAAAUGAAAUGGCGGAAGUCUUGAUGGAAUUCCCGGAAUUGUUUACUGAAAUUGAUGGAAGAAAGGAACCAAUUAUGAAGCGUACAACUUUGGUUGCCAAUACUUCAAAUAUGCCUGUUGCUGCCAGAGAAGCUUCAAUCUACACUGGUAUCACUUUAGCCGAGUAUUUCAGAGAUCAAGGUAAAAACGUUUCCAUGAUUGCUGAUUCGUCUUCACGUUGGGCCGAAGCUUUGAGAGAAAUUUCUGGUAGAUUGGGUGAAAUGCCUGCUGAUCAAGGUUUCCCUGCUUAUUUGGGAGCCAAGUUGGCAUCCUUCUAUGAAAGAGCAGGUAAAGCUACAGCUUUGGGUGGACCAGAUAGAAUUGGAUCAGUUUCCAUUGUUGCUGCCGUUUCACCGGCAGGUGGUGAUUUCUCAGAUCCAGUUACUACUUCCACUUUAGGUAUCACUCAAGUGUUUUGGGGUUUGGAUAAGAAGUUGGCACAAAGAAAGCAUUUCCCUUCGAUAAAUACUGCCGUUUCAUAUUCCAAGUAUACCAAUGUGUUGAAUAGCUAUUAUGAUAAAAACUAUCCUGAAUUCCCACAAUUAAGAAACAAGAUUAAGGAGAUUUUGUCGAAUGCCGAAGAGUUGGAGCAAGUUGUUCAAUUGGUUGGUAAAUCUGCAUUGAGUGAUUCCGACAAGAUUACAUUGGAUGUUUCUGCUUUGAUCAAGGAAGAUUUCUUGCAACAAAAUGGUUAUUCCACCUAUGAUGCAUUCUGCCCUAUCUGGAAAACUUUCGAUAUGAUGAAGGCAUUUAUCUCGUACUACGAUGAAGCACAAAAGGCAGUUGCUAAUGGUGCUCAAUGGUCGAAAUUGUCAGAAGCUACUAGUGAUGUCAAGCAUGCUGUUUCAUCAGCCAAGUUCUUUGAACCAAGUAGAGGUGAAGAAGAAGGUGAAAAGGAGUUUGGCGAAUUGUUGACCAACAUCUCAGAGAAGUUUGCUGAUGCUGCAGAAUAG